CGGAGACGGAUAAAGCUUCCGUCCUACAGGCGCAGGUUAGGGUUCCACUUAUCUAAGCUUCUCCAUCCUCUUUCGAUUCGGCAUUGCUGUACAGCUGCUGCGACCUUCGCUGGCACAUGAUGAUGCUUCCGCAGAAUCUUCGGAAUCCAAUUCAUAUUCGGACCUGUCGUUGCGUUCCUCGCUGAUUUAGGUUUUUAUGUUCUAUGUGAAGUAUGACUGAAGAAUCCGAUACAAUCUUAGAUGUCUAUGAUGAGCAGUCUGAGCAAAGAUCAUUUUCCCUGGAUGACAGUAGCAGCAGUGAAGAAUCCCCUAAGCAUACAAGGCUUUCUUUAGAAACUGUAAAUGAUGCAAUUCCUUACAUCGGCCAGAGAUUUGCGACCCAUGAUGCUGCUUAUGACUUUUACAGUCAGUUUGCCAAGGGGUGUGGCUUUUCUAUCCGUCGGCAUCGAACAGAAGGGAAAGAUGGGGUUGGUAAAGGAAUUACAAGGCGAUAUUUUGUCUGCCAUCGUGCUGGAAAUACUCCUACUAAGGUAUCAAGUGAAACAAAACCACAAAGAAACCGAAAAUCAUCUCGUUGUGGUUGUCAAGCAUAUAUGCGCAUUAGCAGAUGCACUGAAAUGGGGCUCUCUGAGUGGCGUGUUACCGGGUUUGCAAUCCACCAUAACCAUGAACUCUUGGAGCCAAACCAAGUUCGGUUCCUGCCUGCCUACCGUUCUAUAUCAGAUGCUGAUAAAAACCGCAUACUUAUGUUCACAAAAACUGGCAUUUCUGUGCAGCAGAUGAUGAGACUUAUGGAGCUUGAAAAGUGUGUUGAACCUGGUUAUCUUCCUUUCACUGAGAAAGAUGUGCGGAAUCUUAUCCAGUCAUUUAGGAGGGUGGAGCAGGAUGAUGAAAAUAUCGAUCUCCUGAGAAUGUGCAGGAACCUCAAGGAGAAAGAUCCCAACUUCAGAUAUGAAUUUACAACUGCUAUGAAUGGUCGGCUGGAAAAUAUUGCUUGGUCUUAUGCUUCUGCGGUCCAGUCUUAUGAGAUUUUUGGAGAUGCAGUUGUAUUUGAUACUACCCACCGCCUUAAUGCUUUUGAUAUGCCACUUGGAAUUUGGGUUGGCAUGAACAAUUAUGGAAUGCCUUGCUUCUUUGGCUGUGUGCUUUUGAGGGAGGAUAAUAUUGGUGCCUUCUCAUGGGCUUUAAAGGUAUUUUUAAAAUUUAUGAAUGGAAAGGCCCCACAAACAAUUUUGACGGACCAAAACCUGUGUCUUAAAGAAGCAAUAGCUAAUGAGAUGCCAACAACCAAACAUGCCCUUUGCAUAUGGUUUAUUGUGGCGAAGUUUCCAUCUUGGUUUAAUGCUGUGCUUGGAGAAAGAUACAAUGAUUGGAAGGCUGAGUUCUAUAGGCUUUAUAGUUUGGGAACCACAGAAGAAUUUGAGCAUGGAUGGAGGGCGAUGAUAGACAGAUUUGGGCUUCAUUCAAACAGACAUAUCACCAACUUGUUUACAUCUAGAACACUUUGGGCUUUGCCAUUUUUAAGAAGCCAUUUCUUUGCAGGAAUGACUACCUCAGGCCUAUCAAAAGCAAUAAAUGCUUUCAUUCAGCGGUUCCUCAAUGCACAGACCCGACUAGCUCAUUUCGUUGAGCAAGCUGCCGUUGCUGUAGACUUUAGAGAUCAAGCUGCAGAACAGCAAACUAUGCAACAAAACCUGCAGAACAUUUGCCUGAAAACUGGAGCUCCCAUGGAAGCUCACGCUGCUGCUAUCCUGACUCCCUAUGCCUUCUGCAAGCUCCAAGAUGAGUUUGUCAUGGCUGCCCAUUACGCGUCAUUUCAGGUCGAAGAGAGCUACUUCCUUGUUAGGCACCAUACGAAGAUGGAUGGAGGGCGGAAGGUCGAUUGGGACUCGAGGGAGGAAUUCGUUUCCUGCAGCUGCCGCAUGUUUGAAUUCUCAGGAAUUCUUUGCAGGCAUGCCCUGCGAGUCCUCUCGACCAUCAACUGUUUUCAGAUUCCGGACCGCCAUCUCCCUCUUCGAUGGCGGAGAAUGAACUCACUUCCAUCCAAACAUUCUACCGACGAAGCUCUUGUGGAGCAAAAUGAAAGGUUUCAGGCCUUGCAGUCCAUGCUCUCGACGCUCGUCUCUGAAGCUACGAAGUCCAAGGAGAGGCUUGAUAUAGCUUUUGAGGAGAUUUCGCAGCUGUUAACCAGGAUAAGAGGAGUGCAGCCAUCAGGACUCGGUUCAAGAAAUGGUGUUCAUAGGAUUGCCAGAUGAUGCUUGGCAAAUUUUACGUGUGGAUUAUAGAGAUUUUAUUUGAGGCUUUGAAGUGCUUUGUGGAAGAUAGGGAAGAUGCUGUAAAGAGCAGAAUGGGUGAAUGUUCAUGUCUGGAGAGUUUUGUAGUUUUUAGCUUUUUGUUUGCUUUUUUUUUUUUGCCAAUGUAAAUUGUGAUUUUCCCUUUUCAGAAGUUCCUUCUUUAGAUCAAUCAA